AUGGCCGAAGGAAAGAGCGCCAAUCCCAUGAAGGAGCUUCGCAUCCAGAAGAUCGUCCUCAACAUUUCCGUUGGAGAAUCUGGUGACAGACUUACUCGUGCGGCCAAGGUGUUGGAGCAACUGAGUGGUCAAACUCCCGUCUACAGCAAGGCUAGAUACACCGUCCGUACCUUCGGUAUCCGUCGUAACGAGAAGAUCUCCGUCCACGUCACCGUUCGCGGCCCAAAGGCUGAGGAAAUCUUGGAGCGUGGAUUGAAGGUCAAGGAAUAUGAACUCCGCAAGCGCAACUUCUCUGAGACUGGCAACUUCGGCUUCGGUAUCAGCGAACACAUCGAUCUCGGUAUCAAGUACGACCCGGCGAUUGGUAUCUACGGAAUGGACUUCUACGCAUGCAUGACCCGACCUGGUGAGCGUGUUGCCAAGCGUCGCCGAUGCAAGACCUCCAUUGGUUCCGCCCACAAGAUCAAGCGUGAUGAGACCGUCAAGUGGUUCAAGAACCGUUUCGAGGGCAUUGUCCGAUAA